AUGAACGGGAUCCGGCGCAAGAAGAACGAACUCUUGCGGAAUCCUUCAGCCUUCAGCACUUCGGCGGUCCGUCGGCCGUUCGGGUCAGGCUUGGACCUCUCACCACGCCUCCUCUAUGGUCGUUCCGAGCACGUGGACGUUCUCAUCGAGUCUGGCGUGGCCAGGUACCUGGAGUUCCAAGGCUUGAAGUUCACUCGCGUCUUGACCUCUGAGGGUCUGAUCUCAGUGCCCCUGACCAAGAGUGAGAUUUUUCAAGAUGCCCACCUCAGCAAGGCGGAGAAGAGGAUGCUGAUGCGUUUCAUCACCUCCAUCCAACCCUAUGUCUCCAGCUUGGCCUUCCAAUCUGCUGCACAGUUGGGCGUGGACCAAGCGGCCAAGAUCAAGGGACCCAGUGACUUGCUGGUCGAGCUCGUUGGACCGAGUGCGACCAGAGUGCUUUGGGCAUGGCACCUUGACAACGGGGUCCCGCACGCGCGCGGCUUGCGCAGCUGGCAGGAAAAGCCACAUUGUCUCAGGAACCUGUCGGAACGCUUACAAGACUUCAUCACCUAUUCUAUUUGCUUGUGGGACUGGGCCCCAACGGAAGCUUUUCCACAGCUCAGUUGGCGAAAUGGGAGGGCGUGGGACCUUGUGACCACUGAAUCCACUGGCGAAUGCUCAGGUCGGGAGGCCUUGGAACGGCUCGGAGCCUUUAUCUCCUCGUUGGGUUUGUAUGGUCGGGGCACCAGCAUGCCAUUGCUUUUCCCCAUGUAUGGCAUUGGUGAAGUCUCCCAAGGCUACACCCGGCUGUGCGCGGUGCACCGUGGCGUCUAUGCGCUGCGCACCAGGGAGGAAGAUGGUACGAUGCAACUCUCUGGUUUAGUCACCUGUCGUGGCGAGCAAAUCAAAGCCUCACGCCUGGUGGCCGCGUGUGGGGAGCUCCUGCAGGACCAGGUGCCUAGCCAGUCCUCUUCGCAGCAUUGCCGGCGCAUGACCGUGCUGCUGAGUUCUCCUCCGCUCGGGGAGGAGGGCGUGAGCCUCUGUGUGGUGCCUCCGCAGUCUUUGGAUCCGCCGCUGCAGAACGUGGUGCAGGUGCUUCAGCUGGACUUCAGCAGUGGCGCCUGUCCGCAUGGCUACUUUCUGGCGCAUCUCUCACAAGCCUCCAUCAGCGACCCGGGUCCUUUGCCCUUUGCGGAUCUGGACCGAGUUUUGGAGGAACUGCUGAAGCGAUCUCCAAAGACUGCCUGUAUCUUCAGGUGUCGCUACCUGCAACGGCCGCGCGACGUGGCCACGCGCUGGGACGUCUCCACGAGAACGGGUGGCUUCAUGGAGAGAUGCCUCCAUGAAGAGCGCCUGGCCGUGGUCUCGGACCCUCCCGCCGUGCCGCAGCUGCUGGAGAUGAGUGGUUCAUUGGAAGAGCUGGAACACUUCAACCAGCAGAUGCAGGUGCGCAGGUGCUUAAUUGCGUGUCUCCCAAUAGUUUGUCGGGAUCUUCAGAUCGAGGGACUGGCAUAG